CGCAAAUCCCUCCACACCCCCGCAGCAGUGCGUGCUCACUCAGUCUGGCUGUCUGUCUAACAGACUGACCCCCCAGCAAGCGGUUUAAAGGGAACACAAGAGCGCUGAGUCAACGAAUUGCAAGCAGAAGGAUGCAACAGUUGAUGUGUGCAUAAAUUGCAGAGGUUUUUUUUCUUGCGUUUGGAGACGCUCUGCGCACAGAGGGGAUAAUGGUUGGAAUCCACCAGAGGAAAAGGAUCCAAUCUUAAAAAGAUGGAGCAUUUGGACUAAAGCGCAUUCGAGUGGAUUUCAUGCCCUGCUGGGAUGGAGUUAAUGCGUGAAUCUCGGAUGGUCUGCGGCGGUGAGUGAGCAAUCUGCUGUGCAGAGUGCAGCGAACAUGCAGCGGUUUCUGCAGAGGAGGCGAGUGCGCAAGCUGCGGGUCGUCUGGGCUUCCCUGGCCCUGGUGGCUCUGUCUCUGGCCGCCUGCAGCGCGCUCUUCACGGCGUGGACCUGGAGGCAGACGCGGGACCUGUCGCAGUCCUUCCAGAUCCUGCAGGAUCGACUCGAGCAGGUCAACACGCAGAGGAAGGCUAUCGUUCAGCUGAUUCUGGAGAAAAGAGAGCUGCUGCUGGAGCGAGUGAAGCGAGACGGGGUCUCGACGCGAGGGAAAAAUGGCAAUGGAAGGAAAGCGGCGUCUCAUUUUGAGAUAACCAAACUCUCCUCCCAACAAGUUGGAGAUGGUGGCGUGAUAAAAGGCUGGGAGGAGAGGACACUGAAUAUGAGUAAAGCAGUGAGGUACAACAAGGAUGAAGGUACCUUCACUGUGGAGAGAGCAGGGGUCUACUUCCUGUUCUGUCAGGUAUUGUUCAAUGAACAGCAGUCUCAGUAUGUAAAGCUGGACGUUGUGACCAACGGCCCCCGGCCCCAGAAGCUGCAGUGCAUGGAGGGCUAUGGGACCACCCCGUCGGCGGGGCCACACUCCUUCCACUUCGUGAAGCCCUGCCAGGUGUCCGGCCUCCUGCGCCUCGAGAAAGGCACAGAACUCCAGGCCAUGACGGGCCCGUCCUUCAGUCUCCACCCAGUGGCCAAUCAUGUCUUUAGCAUCUUUAAAGUCAACUGAAGACCGCCGAUGCAAACUACACCAAUCCAGCAGGACCUACUGCAGAACUUUGCGUUAAAAAGAUGGAUGUUAUAAGGGCUUUUUAUCUACAAGGCCAAACAAAAGGCUACUGCUUUUUCCAAGUAAUUCAACAUAUGCUCAUCUGAGAGACAAAGCUCACAUUUGUGGAAGCUGUAGUGGAUUUUUUUUUCUGGACUGCAGCCCGUUUUGGAAUUCAGUUUUGGACGAAAACCAAGACCUACAGUGAACAUAAAAAAAAAACCUUGAUGAACUUCUGCCCAGAGAACAGAUGUGAUUGAAGCUGUUCUUUGGAUUAAAGGGCUCCACAGUAUAGGAAAACUCCUUGGUGGUCCACGGUGGCCCCUGUAUAAUGUAAUAAAGUGUGCCUGCACUCUCUUCAGUAAAAGACAGUUGAGAUGUGCACCUUCCACAUCUGCAAUUGUCAGAACUCUAUAAACGCUCUCUGUCGUUGGCAUUGACUCUAAAAAAAAAACGCUGCCUUUGUGCGAGUGUGAAUGAAACCUGAUGACUCCAACACUUUGUGCUGAUUUUAUGUUGAUACCAAUGAAAGGCACCUGUGUGAAUUUACACUUUUCUAUAGAUAUUUUGUAUAUAAGUCACAUAUUUUACAGAGGUAUUGAGAUGCCGAAAAUACGUGGGGGGGGCAGUUUUAAAUAAUGUGGAUGUGAAUUUCUUCUCUUUUUUUAUGGAGAAAUUGUGUAUAGUUUAAAAGGCAAGGUUCAGUUUAUUGCAAGCAAAGCAUAAAACUGUAAAUUCAGCUUUUAGCUUUUUUAUUUUUUUUUAUUUUAGGGUGUUCCUCUUCUGUUUGAUGAUGCAAUGGCUGUUACUCAAACACUUCUGGUAGUGUUUUAUUACUCAAAUCUUUGAUACUACUAUGCAACGGGAAAUAACGUUUGGGUUAUGUCUUUCCUACUUAAAGCAUUGCUAGUUCCAUACAGGGUCCUAAAAUUUAGCCGUCAGAAUAUCAAGAUUUUCUAACAAAUAAAAACCUUUUAUUUUGUUAUUUUAUAUUUGUUUUUUUAACAUUUUUCAAAUUAAAUGCACUAGCAUACAAUGGAGUGCUCUCACAGGCUACCGUAGUUGGACACGAUUGCACUUUUUUUAAGCUUAAUAGUAAUAAUCAUCUUUAUAUCUGUAUUUCAGUUUAACACUCCAGUUGUUUCUUUUUUUUACUUCACAGGCUCCUCCCACAAAUGUUUCUCCUAUGACUGGCUAAUUAAUAUCAGUUUAUCUUUACUUAGUAUCCAGUAGGUUGUUAGUUACACAUUAGAUUUAGAUACAUUAAAUAAUUUAAAGCACAGACAUUUAUAUAAAUCAGCUAUCAAAUCAUAUUUUCCUUUCUUUUAGUUUUCUUUGAACAUGCUAACUCAAAAUCAUAACCAUCAGUAUGACAAUCUUGUUUUUUUUUUUUGCCCAGGGAGGUCCACCACAUGCUAUGAGGAGAAUAAAUGAUGUGCUCUUAAGCUUAGUCUGAAUAUAGUAAAUAGGUAAGGAUUCUUAAGCCAAAGCAGUUGUGCGUCUGCAUCCAUACAUGCUGCUCAGAUAGUGCUGGCAGUAA